AUGGCCCGUAGAAUCGCAUCAUUCGCGGCAUCUCGUGUUCCCACUGCGAGUUCCGCUAAUCAGCGCCUUCAAUUUGGUCCAUCGGCGUCAUCCGUCUCUUUUGGCCGAGUCGCACACGUUCCAUUAAGUACUCUCGAAACUGCCGCCUGCCGCGGCGUUGGUUCUAUCUCGUCGUUAGCUUCCGUUAUUUCGCGGUCCUCCGCUUCAGGAGACUUCGUUUCUUGGAGCGCAGUCGAUGCGACGAGACUAGCUAGGCCGCGUGAUGUUCCAAGUCGAUCGCUUGCGACGGUUCGCGACGGCAGUGCGACGGCGAAGGAGGUGUCGCUCGUGCAAGGGGCUUCGCGAGGCAUCGGGCUGGAGCUGGUUCGGCAGCUGCUCCAGAGGAGCUCUGACAGCCACGUCAUCGCCACGUGUCGCAAUCCUGCUGCAGCAGCGGCGUUACAGGAGCUACAGAGUAGCAGCAGCGGGGAUCGGCUGACCAUUCUCCCCCUGGACGUGACUGAUGAGGCGUCCAUCGAGGAAGCAGCAGGUCACGUGUCAGCCACGUGGGGGCACCUGAACCUCCUCAUCAACGCGUCUGGUCUGCUCCACAUACCUGGCGCCAUGAAACCAGAGACGUCCAUGAGAGCACUCACUCCGCAAGCCCUGCUCACCAGCUUUCAAGUCAAUGCGAUGGGACCGGCUCUCGUCAUCAAGAACAUGGCGCCAUUGCUCGCAGCAGGAGGGGGCGCAGCGGCAGGGAGAGAGGUGGCAGUGGCAGCGAGCAUCAGCGCUCGGGUCUCCUCGAUAGGCGAUAACAAGUUGGGGGGGUGGCACUCGUACCGUGCAUCAAAGGCAGCACUGAACCAGCUGGUCCGCACAAUGUCCAUCGAGCUGGCAGCAAAGAAGCAGCCAGUUGCUGCCAUCCUCCUCCACCCCGGAACAGUAGACACAGACAUGUCCAAGCCCUUCCAGAGGGCCGUGCCGCCCGGAAAGCUCUUCACACGCGAGUUUGCCGCCCAGAAGCUGCUGGGAAUUGUGGACAAGGUCACUGCAGGCGAUAAUGGCAAGUUUUUUGCUUGGGAUGGGCAGGAAAUCCCUUGGUAG